AUGACCCCCCAUCCCGGCGACGACCCCCCCGACCCUCCCCGACGCCCACCUUCCGCACCACGUGGCUCAGCUCGACCUCCAGCCCGCCCACCACACGCUGCCCGAGGAGCACGGGCUGGAGGAGAAGGAGGAGGACGUCCCCGAGACCGAAGGAUUCCUCUCCGACGAGCCGCAUGUCGAGGACGCCGUGAAGGACGAAGGGAUUCUCGGCGCCCUCAGGAAGACGAGGACGUGGAGGUCGAGGCUAAGGAGGAAGAAGGAGGCCUAGGGGAGGACACGGCAGCGGAGAGGGUCUCGAGUGAGAGCGCCUCGGGAGAGCACGACCCGCAGGACAUCGCGAGGGGCGUCGUUCCCGAAGACACCGCGGCCGAGGAGACCAGCCUGGCGGAGGACCGUCGGCCGGGCAGGAACACACAGAAGAAGACCAAGAAGAGAAAAGUGCAACACACGGCGCUGAACUCCAAGAACACGUGGCAAAUGAAAGUGCAGUGGAGGACCAUGAAGGAAAUGACAAACGAGAAUGUCCAGGCAGAGAGUGUCACAGUGGAAAGCGUGUCAGAAGAACAGGCCGUGGAGAAGGAGCCAGAGGUAGAGGCGCAUGUACAUCCUGUCGAGAUGAUGCAAGCCGACGAGACGCGAGAGACUGUCGUUCUGGCCGAGCCCGUCGCGGAGGAGAGCAAAGAGGAAGAGAACAAGACGGAAAAGGAGAUUGUCUCGGAAAGACACACCGCGGAGGAGAGCAAAGAGGAAGAGAACAAGACGGAAAAGGAGAUUGUCUCGGAAAGACAUACCGCGGAGAACAAAGAGGAAGAAAAGACGGAAAAGGAGAUUGUCUCGGAAAGACACACCGCGGAGGAGGACGUAGUGGAAGAAGACAAGACGGAAAAGGAGAUUGUCUCGGAAAGACACACCGCGGAGGAGAACGAGAGGAAGAAGACGAAACGGAAAAGGAGAUCGUCUCGGAAAGCACACCGCGGAGGAAGACGUAGCGGAGGUGGCCGCCCCAGAGGAGGAGAAGAGAGCGAAGCCCAGGAGGACGUCCGCAAGACACGCUGCGGCAGAGGGAGAGCCGGAGGAGGAGAUGGCUGCGGCGGCACGAGACGCUGCGAGUCCUGA